ACGAAAUCCAAAAAGGACCGCCGCAGCUCUCCUGUCCCCUCCCCGCACUCCGCCAUAAACCCACGAAUCCAUUACCUCCCCAGGGCAAUCACUGCGCAUAUAUCCGACGCAGGCCCCGGAUUCUAUACGCCCUGCUAUUUGCAAUUCACUGAGGGAGACGCAAGGACGACUCACUGUUGAUUGAGAUUUGGCGAGGAAGCCACGUUGAGAGUGUUUGUGUGAGAGUUUCAACGCCGACGAAUACGGAGCACGAGAGAGAGUCGGCAAGAUGCGUUUGGACGUUAAGAAACAACUCUUCGCGAGGAGCGAGAGGGUGAAGGGGAUUGAUUUCCAUCCUACAGAGCCGUGGAUCUUGACUACACUUUACAAUGGCCAUGUAUACAUUUGGUCCUACGAGACCCAGUCGAUCGUCAAAACCUUCGAGCUGACCGACGUUCCCGUGCGCGCGGGUCGCUUCAUCGCGCGCAAGAACUGGAUUGUCUGUGGAUCCGACGACUUCCAGCUGCGCGUGUACAACUACAACACCUCGGAGAAGAUCACCACCUUCGAGGCGCACCCGGAUUACAUCCGCGCCAUCGUCGUGCACCCCACCCAGCCAUUCGUUCUCACCGCCUCCGAUGAUAUGACUAUUAAGCUGUGGGAUUGGGAGAAGGGGUGGAAGUGUGUGCAGGUCUUUGAGGGACAUGCGCACUACGUUAUGGGACUGGCUAUUAACCCGAAGGAUACUAAUACCUUUGCUUCGGCGUGUUUGGAUCGCACAGUCAAGAUUUGGAGUCUGGGGAGCUCGACAGCGAACUUUACGUUGGAAGCGCAUGAGACGAAGGGUGUCAACCACGUGGAUUAUUACCCGCAGUCGGAUAAGCCGUAUCUCCUUACUACCUCGGAUGACAGGACGGUCAAGAUCUGGGAUUACACCACCAAGUCCCUGAUUGCCACCCUCGAGGGCCACACCAGCAAUGUCUCGUUCGCCUGCUACCACCCGGAGCUACCAGUCAUCAUAUCUGGUUCAGAAGACGGAACCGUCAAGAUCUGGCACGCAAACACCUACCGCCUCGAGCAGUCCCUCAACUACGGCUUAGAACGCGCGUGGUGUGUUAGCUACCAGCGCGGCAAGCAGGGCGUCGGAAUCGGUUUCGACGAUGGAGCGGUUGUUAUCAAGAUGGGUCGCGAGGAGCCAGCUGUUUCCAUGGACGGUUCGGGGAAGUUGAUCUGGGCCAGGCAUAGCGAGGUUGUGUCGUCCAUCAUCAAGGGCGGCGAUGCUUCGCUGAAGGAUAACGAGCCCAUCUCCCUCCCCACCAAGGACCUGGGCACGUGCGAAGUCUACCCGCAAACCCUGAUUCACUCGCCCAAUGGCCGAUUCGUCUCUGUCUGCGGUGAUGGAGAGUAUAUCAUCUACACUGCUCUGGCGUGGCGUAACAAGGCGUUCGGCUCGGCGCUGGACUUUGUUUGGGGAUCGAAGGAUAAUAGCAAUGACUACGCUAUCCGCGAGUCGCCGACAAGCGUGAAGAUCUAUAAGAACUUUGUGGAGAAGGCUGGGGGACUUGAUGUUGGAUUCCAGGCUGAGGGCCUUGCUGGUGGUGUUCUUCUUGGUGUUAAGGGCCAGGGUGGAAUCGGCCUGUUCGAUUGGCAGACUGGUGGCUUGGUUAGGAGGAUUGAGGUUGAUCCCAUCAAUGUCUACUGGUCCGAGAGCGGUGAACUCGUCACGCUUGCUUGCGAGGAGACCUUCUACGUCCUGCGCUUCUCGCGGGAGAACUACCUUCACGCUCUGCAGAACGGUGAAGUCGAGGAGGAUGGCGUCGAGUCAGCAUUCGAGGUCAUCACCGACAUCAACGAGAGCGUGCGCACCGGAGAGUGGGUAGGCGACUGCUUCAUCUACACGAACAGCACGAACCGCCUCAACUACCUCGUCGGCGACCAGACCUACACCAUCAGCCACUUCGACCAGCCCAUGUACCUCCUCGGCUACAUCCAGCGCGACUCGCGCAUCUACCUCUGCGACAAAGACGUCUCCGUGACCUCUUUCUCCCUCUCCCUCUCCGUCGUCGAGUACCAGACCCUCGUCCUCCGCGACGACAUGGAGUCCGCCGCCGAGCUGCUCCCCUCCAUCCCCGCCGCCGAAUCCAACAAGAUCGCCCGCUUCCUCGAGGGACAGGGCCACAAGGAACUCGCCCUCUCUGUCGCCACUGACCCAGAACACAAAUUCGACCUCGCCCUCGCCCUGAACCAGCUCCCGACCGCCCUCGCGCUCGCUCGCGUCGCUGACGCGGAGCACAAGUGGAAGACGGUCGGUGAUGCCGCGCUCGCUGCUUGGGACGUCGCACUGGCUGCGGAAUGCUUCAUGCAUGCACGUGAUCUGGGAUCCCUGCUGCUUCUGCACUCUGCAACUGGUGACCGUGACGGACUCGCCGCGCUGGCUGAGCAGGCUCGCGAGGGAGGCGCACAUAACGUCGCCUUCGCGUGUCUGUGGCAGCUAGGCGAUGUACCAGCGUGUAUCGCGCUUCUGAGCAGCACCGGACGCGCGGCUGAGGCGGCGCUGUUCGCGCAGACGUACGCGCCUAGCGCGGCGCCUAAGGCGGUAGAGGAAUGGAAGAGGGAGCUUGAGGCGGGGAAGAAGGGACGGGUGGCGAAGAUUCUUGGUGUACCUGGAGCAGAGGGGGAUGAGGAGUUGUUCCCGGAGUGGGAUGAGUGGAUUCGGUUGGAGGAGGAGGGUGGGGUGGCGACGGUGACGGAGCUGGAGGUAGAGGAGAGGGAGGAGGAGGUUAGGGAGGUGGAGGAGAAUUUGAUUGAUGCUGAGGCGUAGAUUUGUGGGGCGAGGGAGUAUAAAUAGUAGAGUAGGAAGGUAUACUGUUUGAUUUGUCUGCCUGUGGCAGUUCCUGUCUUGUGGGGCACGGCGGGGUCAAAAAGGGAAGAUAGAAGAUAAUGACAUUUCAUAUUUUUUUAGUUCACGCGC